AUGGGAAACUAUGCAUCUUGCGCAUUAUCAACACAAUUUGGUAAAAACAAAUCAGCAAAAGUAAUUUUACCAUCAGGAGAAAUCAAGCAAUUUCAACAAUCAAUUAAAGCUGCAGAACUUAUGCUUGAAAUUCCAAACUAUUUCUUAGUAAAUUCUAAGUCUUUACAAAUUGGGAAGAGAUUUUCAGCUCUUAAUGCAGAUGAAGAUUUAGAGAUGGGAAAUGUUUAUGUUAUGUUUGGAAUGAAGAGGGUAAAUUCCUUUGUUAAUGCAGCUGAUAUGGGUGCUGUUUACCUUGUUGCCAAACGUGGCGCAAGGAAGGUGAGGGUAGUUCCGUCAUACUCUAUUGAAAGUGAUUCACCGGCGCGUGAAGAAGACGCGCCGGAAAUUAAGGCUGAAAUUGAAGAGUUGUUGUCGGAGUUUACUCACCGGAGAUCGGUUUGCCGGUCUAAGAAACCAGUGCUUGAGACUAUUGUUGAAGAGCCUGUUUUUUCAAGGAAACUUUGA